UCUCCUCCUGUCCUGCCUGACAGUCAGCCAUGCUCAGCCUCCUUCCAGUCCGUGGUCGUAACCUCCUGACACGCACCGCCGCUCACGCCUGGAAUCAGAAGUUUUACUCCGCACAGAUGAGCAAAAAAGUAGCCGUGGUUUUGGCGGGCUGCGGUGUCAACGAUGGCAGCGAGAUCCACGAAGCCUCCGCCAUUUUGGUGCAUUUGAGCCGAGGAGGUGCAAGUGUGAAGAUGUUCGCCCCCAACAUGGAGCAGAUGCAUGUGGUGGACCACCUGAAAGGUGAGCCCUCCCAGGAGAAGAGAAACGUGCUGGUGGAGAGCGCCAGGCUGGCCCGUGGGGACAUCCAGGACCUUUCCAAACUCAGCGUCAAAGACCAUGACGCCAUCAUCUUCCCAGGCGGUUUCGGGGCAGCCAAGAACCUCUGCACGUGGGCGGUAAAGGGCAAGGACUGCUCCGUGAACGCUGAGGUCAAGGCCGUGCUGGAGGCGUUCCGCGGCGAGGGCAAACCCAUCGGCCUCUGCUGCAUCUCGCCCGUCCUGGCCGCCAAAGUGUUCCCCGGUUGUGAGGUCACCGUUGGCCUGGAGAACCACGACAAGUACCCCAACACCACGGAGACGGCCGCCGCCAUCAACCAGCUGGGCUGCAAGCACGUGAGCGCAGCUGUAGGCCAGAGUCACGUGGACCAGAAGAACAAGCUGGUCACCACCUGUGCCUUCAUGUGCGACGCGCCCAUCCAUGAAGUUUUUGACGGAAUCGGUUCCAUGGUGCAGGGUGUGCUAAAGCUAGCUUGAUGGAUUCUACCCAAGUAACAGCAUGCUGGUGUUUUAGCUAGCUUCACUACAAAUGCUAAAUAAGUAGCUUCCUAGUACAAUAAAAUAGCACUUCUUUGGUAUAGAUUUUGUUCUUUAGAAUGGAUUGUAUAUCCGCAAAAUUGAAUGACGCAGGUGACAUUGAUAUUUUUGCGGCUACUUUAUUGUAUUCAAUGUUUGAAUGAAGCAAAAUUAUUCAACAAAAAAGUUUUUGUCUCUUGUUAAAAUUAUACAUAGAUGAUGUUUUACACAUCAUCUUCAAGCCGCUUUCUGACAGUCGCUUCCGGAUGCGGCGUUUCGUGGGCGCUCUUAUUUACGUGGCUCACCUUGGACAGCGUCUUCUCCCCGUCAUCUUUGUUGUAGCGGUGUAGCGUGCAAGGACGGGAGUGGAAGACGUGUCAAAAGAUGGAGCUAACUGUUUUAAUGACAUUCACACUUUACUUCAAUCAAUAACGGAGCAGUAUCUCCUCAUCCGGAAACAACAACACAGGAAAUGUGUCCCGUGAAAAACCGUCCGACCGGAACUCUAAUAACUAAAGUUCCUUGGGUGAAUUAAUGAAAACUCACUAUACCGGUAUGUUUUAGUGCUUUCAUGGCAGAUAUAAGUAAGAACUUUACACUACUUUAUAUUAGAAACGGAGGAUGAAUGUCACAUAACAAGAAGAUAAAGGAAAAAGAAGAAGCUUAUCGACUACGGUGGCGGUACAGACUACAAAGCCGGACACGAGCAAAUUUUCAGGAUUUAUGCAGAUCCCAAAUACAGAUCAGCAGGUACCAGACGGUAAGAAAAGUUGCUUUUGCAUAAUAUUGCGAAACCUUAUACACAUCCAUCCAUCCAUUUUCUACCGCUUAUUCCCUUUGGGGUCGCGGGGGGGCGCUGGAGCCUAUCUCAGCUACAAUCGGGCGGAAGGCGGGGUACACCCUGGACAAGUCGCCACCACACACACCAUAAUAAUACUCCUGUUUAAUGCGCCGACAAUCCACCAAGUGGUGCGGCUUCAUAGCUUACCAAAGUUCUACUAAAACAUUUUGAUAGAUUUUUGAGCGCCGUGUGUAAUGUUCUAUAUUUUCAAUGGAACGUUUAAAGUGUUUGUGUUGUUUACUUGAGUGAUAUUGCCAUCAUACCUCUUACCACAUAUCUCUUAUGUUUGACUGCCAUCUACUGGUCACACUUAUCAUUACACCAUGUACCAAUAAAAUUGCUUCGCUA